UAUGACAGUCUCGUUUCAGGGGAAGUCAAACCUCUCCACUGCUUCUUUUUAUAACCGUUAAGUUAAUUCAGAAUCCAGAUAAGCCUUGAUCUGAGGAUGAUAUAACCACAGCAAGCACCAUGGGAACCUCUAAAAGAAUCAGAAAGAAGACUUCAAAAAACACGAUGUGAUGUCUCCCAGUGGAGACAGGACACCGGGUGCGAGGAAGAGGCGGUGGCCUGAGCCAGGACAAUGAUGAUGCAAUGUUGAAGAAUAGACUGGAGGGAAGAAGCAACAGGCACCAUGGAAAAAACCAAAACAAAGCAAGGAGAGAAUGAACACAUGCCGGUGAAUAGUCCUUCCACACAGAUCUACCAGUUGCAGGCCCUAGCCUCGGAACUCAAAACUGGUUUCACAGAAGCAAUGCAGGAACUGUCAAGAAUUCAACAUGGAGAAUAUGCUUUGGAAGAAAAGGUUAAAAGCUGCAAAUGUUCCAUGGAAGAAAAAGUUACUGAGAUGAAGAAUUCAUUAAACUAUUUCAAGGAAGAGCUGAGCAAUGCCAUGUCGAUGAUCCAGGCCAUUACUUCCAAACAAGAAGAAAUGCAACAGAAAAUAGAACAGCUUCAACAGGAGAAACGAAGAGAAUCUCGAAAAGUUAAAGCCAAGAAAACUCAAAAAGAAGAGCACAGCUCCCAGGCUGGGCCUGCACAAACACAAGGAAGUCCUUUCCGUUCAAUCAAUAUCCCUGAGCCUGUUCUUCCAAGUGAAGAAUUUACCAACAUUUUGCCUUCUCAGGCCUAUGAAAAAGCCCAAGAGUCCAGAUCCGCUCACGCAGCAGACAGCAAUGUGAAGGGAAUGCUGGGUCCUGGAGUGAACCCAACAACUCCAGAAGCAGAAGAAAACCUCAAGUCUUGCCUCUCAGCUGAUAUCCAGUCCAAGAGCCAUCUCCCAUCUGGCAUGUGGAGGCAGCCUAAGGACGGUAAAGAGUGGGGAGAUGAAUAUGUCACGAAAGACCACCCAGAUAAACUCAAGGAAACUGGCCAGGGCAGACACAGCUCCCUGGAGAAUGUUUUAUGCGAAACCUCUUUAGCUGCUAAAAGACAGACUGUGGCUCUAGAACUGCUUGAAUCUGAAAGAAAAUAUGUCAUUAACAUCUCUCUGAUCCUGAAGAUAAAGGCAACAUUCCAGGGAUCAGAUGGAAAGAGGAAUUCCAAAGAGAGAAGCCUCUUCCCUGGCUCUUUACGGUACCUUGUCCAGCAGCACCUGGAUUUGCUUCAUGCACUGCAGGAAAGGGUCCUGAAGUGGCCUCGCCAAGGAGUUCUUGGAGAUUUAUUCCUUAAGUUAACAAAUGAUGAGAAUAAUUUCUUGGAUUAUUAUGUUGCCUACCUGAGGGACCUGCCUGAGUGCAUCUCAUUGGUUCACGUGGUUGUUCUGAAGGAGGGUGAUGAAGAGAUUAAAUCUGACAUCUAUACGCUGUUUUUUCACAUAGUCCAGCGCAUCCCUGAAUAUCUGAUACAUCUGCAGAAUGUCCUGAAGUUCACAGAACAGGAACACCCUGACUAUUACCUACUACUGGUGUGUGUUCAGCGCCUCCGGGUGUUUAUCUCACACUACACUCUGCUGUUUCAAUGCAAUGAGGAGUUGCUUAUUCAGAAACGGAAAAAGCUCAAGAAGUCAUCCAUGGCAAAGCUGUACAAAGGGCUGGCUUCUCAGUGUGCAAAUGCCGGGCAAGAUGCUUCCCCCACUGCAGGCCCUGAGGCUGUCCGUGACAGUGGGAUCCACUCAGAAGAGAUGCUGCAACCCUACCCUUCUGCUCCCAGUUCUGGCCCCGGUGUCGCACAUUUGAUGCCCCCAGGGAAGAAAAGCCAACAGCAGCAGAGCUUGAUGGAGAGCAUGCAGCCCGGGAAGCCCAGUGACUGGGAGAUGGAGGGCCGGAAGCACGAGAGGCCCGAGAGCCUCCUGGCGCCGGCGCAGUUCUGCGCGGCCGAGCAGGACGUGAAGGCGCUCGCCGGGCCCCUGCAGGCCAUCCCGGAGAUGGACUUCGAGCCCUCUCCGGCCGAGCCGCUGGGCAACGUGGAGCGCUCCCUGCGCGCCCCGGCCGAGCUCCUGCCCGACGCCCGCGGCUUCGUGCCCACGGCCUACGAGGAGUUCGAGUACGGCGGCGAGAUCUUCGCGCUGCCCGCGCCCUACGACGAGGAGUCCUUCCAGGCCCCGGCCCUCUUCGAGAACUGCUCGCCCGCCUCUUCCGAGUCCAGCCUGGACAUCUGCUUCCUCCGGCCCGUCAGCUUCGCCAUGGAGGCCGAGCGGCCCGAGCACCCGCUGCAGCCGCUGCCCAAGAGCGCCACGUCGCCGGCGGGCAGCAGCGGCGCCUACAAGCUGGAGGCGGCGGCGCAGGCGCACGGCAAGGCCAAGCCGCUGAGCCGCUCGCUCAAGGAGUUCCCGCGCGCGCCGCCCCCCGAGGGCGUGGCCCCGCGCCUCUACAGCACGCGCAGCAGCAGCGGCGGCCGCGCGCCGCUCAAGGCCGAGCGCGCCGCGCAGCCCCACGGCCCGGCCGCCGCUGCCGCCGCCGCCCGCGGCGCGCCCCGGACCUUCUUCCCCCAACAGAGGUCCCAAAGCGAAAAACAGACCUAUUUGGAAGUAAGGAGGGAGAUGCAUUUAGAAGACACCACCAGAUUUUGUCCAAAGGAAGAACGAGAAAGUGAACAAACAUCUUUCAGCGAUCAAAAUCCCAGGCAAGACCAGAAAGGGGGCUUUCGCAGCUCCUUCCGCAAGCUCUUUAAAAAGAAGUCCAGUGGAUCAGAAUACAGGGAAAAAACUAAUGAGAAUCCCUCAAUGGAUCCUUCACCCACCAAACAAGAUUUCUUCAGAAACCGACUUGCUCUUGCAAAUGACCUUGACCAAGGAACAGCUGUGUAAAACAUACUUAAAGUUGUAUUGUCAAGUGGUAAGAUGAGGAUAAAAAGCUUGUAUAUAUAUGUGUAGGAAUAUAUAUAUAUCGAUGUAUAAAUCCCUAAGGAAAACUAGUAUAAAUACUUACAUAUGAAACUAAAUCAACAUACAAGACACUGAAGAGAUGAAGAUUAGUCAAUGGUUAAGACCUGGCUUUUUGAACCUCAACACUUGGGAAAAGGGAAGUGAAGACUUUUCACAUCAUUACAGAAAAGUACAAUAAAUUUGGAGGAAAAUAAACGUUUGUAAGAACAAAAACUUCCACUUUGAGAUCAUUCCCUAAGUAUAAUAUUGAGCAUGUUCAUAUUUAACAUAGAUGUGAAUUUUAUACUUCUUAGGCGUUUAGCUUAUUAAUUCAUCCCACUGUUCUUAGGCUCUAAUAUACACCAUGUUAGGACCCGACUCUGUCUUGUUCUAUAUCUUCCAGAAACUCCAGGGCAUCCCUUAAGACAAAGGAUUAGUUAACAACUGUAUUUUAUAUGUUGCAAAUCUGAGUAUGGGGAAUUUGUGCUUAAAUCAUGAAACAAAGUUCAAAGGUCAAAAACACAUUGAUUUCCAAACUUGUUCUAGUUACAGAAAUCAGUCAAGGGAACAAGGAUUUUGUAGAAACUGGGGGGAGGGGGAGGGCAAAAAAACAUUUUUCCUUGUGUGGGUUGUGCUGAGGAUGGAAACAGUCCAGAGGCUAUGUUUUAUUGAAUACUCAAUAUUCAGGAUCCACUAGUGACCUUGAGUGUCAUGCAGACAGAUUAGGAAAAAAAGCACUGAUUUAGCCAUAUCUUCUUAAAAAGAUCUUCAUCAGUCUGGAAGGAAGGUGGCAACAGCAUCAAUGAAUGGCUCACAUAUAGUGGUUGCUAUAAACACCAGGUCAGAAUGAAAAUUCAGGGUUGUGGUACCUGUUUUCCAGAAGUAAGUCCUAAAGAAACAAAGCACUUAGAGCUCAGAUAGAGGAAUCAAAUUGCAGAGAGGCCAGCCUGGCUCUGGUGUGAUAAAAUGUGCUCUGUUUCCACAUGGGUAUGUCCAAGAUGGUCAGCAUCCUUGCAAACAUCAGAUUCAUAAUAGAAAAAAAAUUAGAUUUAAACAAUUUGUCUUUAUUCACAGGCAGUCAUCUAUAAUAAAUUAGGGGUAUUUUUUCUGUUCAUUUAAAAUCUUGGUAUUCAAACUGACUGCUUCAGAGACUGUUCCUCUGUUAAUGCACUUUGACAAAAUAGGCAGUUUCACUUCUGAGUGUUACAAGUACUCUUGUCUUUGAUGACUAAUUAGGAACUCAUCCAUUAGCAUUUUGAACAAUAAGUGUUCUGAAACAUGUAAAGGAUCACUGCCAAGUUUUUAAAGUUUCCAGUAUUUAAGUUUAAGCUAAGAUUUUCAUUUCCCUGGAAUUAAUGAAUUCAUUUGGAAUUAGAUUUUUCUCUAUUAUCAGGCCAUAGUUUUGGGGCAGUACUUGAAAGCACAAUGCCAAAUCGACUGGACAUGAAAAGUGAAAUACUGUAGAAGUCACAAACUCUUAAAUAAAAUGUAAACAACAAUAAAAUUCCUUUCCCCUUAAUAUUGUUUAUUAUAAAAAUGAUCAGUUACUUGAAAUAUUUAAAAAAUAUCACACACCUCCCAAAUUUCAUUUUGAUAGCAUCCUCUGAAAAAUCUUGAUGCUACAGCUGUAGCACAAUUCGAUUUAGUUGUAUUUUAUGAAACUAGCCUAUGAAACUAGCAAUAAUACUCCUGCCUACUCUCUGGGUCCCCAUCACCUGACAUCUGGAUUUUUCUGGUAGCUUUCUAACUGCCUCCAGGCACUUUCUGCUCCCACGUACCCCAUAUGGCUCUAAGACACCAGUAUUCCCAAAUACUGCUUUGUGUGAAACUCUUCAACUAUUCUUACUUGUCUAUAGUCAAAUUCCAAACUCCUUGACUUGACAUUCAAAGUUCUGUUUAGUAUGGCUCCAAGUUUUCCUUCUGGCUGUUACACUUUGUAGUUCUAGGUGAACUAACUUACCUCAACUAAGCUGUUUCCCAGUAAGCCAUAUACCUUGUCCAAGCUCUUUUCUGUAGUUCCUUCCUCUCUGCUCAUCUGGAAACCCAGUUUAAGCCCCCUCAUCUUUUUGUGACCAUUUGUGGUGUAACUUUUUUACCUUUCAAUGUAUUUGUCUUAUCUUCCCAGCAAGAAUGUAAGUACCUUCAAGGGCAAGAGCUGUACCAUAUUUUUGUUUAUUCCCUUUCAGCACUAGAACAAUACAUAGUAGGUGCUCAAUAAAUAGUCAAGGAUGUAAUAGGAUAGAGGACUACAGAAAAUAAUUUCUACUCUUAAUUUGACAAAGAGCUUUAGGGUUGUCACUUUACCUUCCUGCCUUGCAUUUUCUUAAAGAAAAAAUAUCAGUCACAAAGGAAAUAAAAUAUAAUAGUCUUCAGAAGCAGUUAAAAGGUGCCCCUGCCACUUUCACAGCACCUAGCAUUAGAAAACACCUCUCCAAUUAAAAAAAAAAAAGUUUUCUGUUGUCCUGGCUCAUUUCAUAAUCUUUCUAGGUAGUACUGUAAAUUGACAUGGAGAUAGGAUCUUUAAUGGUAUAUAUAAAUGACAUUUAAUAUAAUGUUGUAUUAGGGAUGAAUCAGAGUGGGAAAGAACUUAACAAUUGCUACAUCUGUGAUCUCCAGUCCUUUGUAGAGGUGCAGUUUACAUAGGAGACUGCAGAUGUCUUUGGAAAGCAUUUGGGUUGAUAAGGAGAAAGCAGCACUCUACCAAAAGAUGAAGUGGAUAGUUUUGCACAGGUGAGGGCUUGCAACAGGCCCCUUCUGCAGCCUUGCAAGAUCUAUAUACAAGCCCAAGCAAGGACUGUCCUACUUUCUAUGACUACAGAAGUAGAAUAUUUGAGAACCAGGGAUUUGUAGACCAACACUCUAGGGUUCUCCUCAGUGGGCUAUUUCUUUUUUUUUUUUUUUUUAUUUGUUUUUUUGGAAACUACAAAACAGUGGAAAUGGGCUAUUUCAUCAUAUAACAAAUAGUUUAAACUAGUCUGAGACUUGAAAUUAGGACAUCAGGGAAACUCUUUGAACAGUGUUUUUUAUAGCACAUCAUAUCUUAUUCCCUUACCUCCUUCAAGUCUUUAUUCAUGCCACCUCCAUGAAGGUACUUGUAAAAAUGCACAUUCCUGGGCACUGUUACAAUCCCACUGUAUUAGAAUAUAAUGGGGGAUGGGUUCUAGGAAUAUGCAUUUUAAAUGCAGUCAUGCAAUCUUUGGCCCACUGAAAUUUUAGAGGCAUUACCUCUUAGACUAAUAAACGGUACUAUGUUUCAGUACUCACAUUCUAUUCAUAGGCUGAAUUUUAGGACAGAAUAAAGAACUGAUUAUACUUACCUUGAGAUACAGAAAACUAAUAGUUCAUUGAAGCCCAAGUGAAUAUUUUUGUAUUCUUAAAUUUAUCAUCUCUGACCUUUAUUAUGAUAUACAGUAAGAUUUUGAUUAAAAAUAUACAUAUAUCCAUGAUCAAUGCCCUUUAUAAGCUAGUAAAAAGUGAUUGUAUAUUCCAGAUAAUUGCAUGCACUUAGAAAAGUGACAAAUUCAAUGUCCUACAUUAAGUUGUAUAAUAAAAUUAAGUCUAGUUUUCAGACUAAACUUUUCCUUGAAAUCACCAUGAAUAACUUUUCUCCUGAGCCUAAAUCAAUAAUGUUUUGGGGACAGCUGGGAUUCUCUUAUCCUGAAAGUUGAUUUAAAGAUGUGAGUGCAGCACCCUCAGCAUCCUGAUGGUACAGAGGCCAGUGAGCCUCAGAUGAGUGGAACUGAGUUGGGAGAAGAGGAUGGGUGAGAUAUAGAUUUUUAAAAAAGGACAUGGGUUAAAAGGUUGAGAAAACUGAUGAAGAGCCGUAUAGUUUAAUGGAAAAAACUGAUACUGAUGCGACACAAGACCUGAGCUUUAAACAUAUAAGAACAUAAAGAUAUGAAUUUAGGCAAUGUUAAAAUUACCUCUUUGGGAAGUUGUUAGAUGUUCAAAAUAGUUAAGAUUUUUAUCCCCAAAUAACUUCCAUUUUCCAAAAUGUGUUAUUGUUUUCCAAGAGCUUAGUGCAUACUUUUUAAUAAGUCAUCUCACCUUUUCCUUAUCUAUAAAAUAGAAAUAUUUUUAUUCCUUCUUUCCCUAUUCCCUUCAGAGAUAUAGUAGCAUUAAAUACUCUUAACAGGAAAACUGAGUGUGUUGGGUUUCUUGCCUGUCUAUCUAUGUGAAGAAAGUGGGGUCUACUGUAAAGGACGGUUAGUAGAUAUCACCUGUGCUUCUGAGUGGAUUGUUUCCACUUGGUACUAGAUCCCAUCCCUCUCUUCCUUAUCCAUCGCAUUUUCCUUUUCAGCCUGGGCAAACCCUUCAUACAAACAUGCUCUUAAUUUCUCCCAUCUUUAAAGCAAAAGAAAUACUCUCUUGAUGGUUCUAGCUAUGCCCCAGCUCUCUGCUUCCCUUUAUUGUAAAACUUGAAAGAGGAACCUGCGCCAGUUCCUCUCUUGCCAUUUUUUAUUAAACUCACUAGGCCCAGGCUUUGCCCAUACCACUCCCCUGAACUACUCGUCUCAAGAUCACCAAUGACUUUACACUGCCAAGUGAAUGGUCCAUACUCAGUCAUCUUACUCUUCCUAUCAAGUAGGAUUUGACAUGCUGAUCACUUCCUCCUUCUGAAAUAAUUGCUUUACUAGGCCUCAAGAACACAACAUACUCCUUGUUUUCAUUUUUCUUCAUUGGCAAUUCCUUCUUAGUCUAUUUGAUAAUUCCCCUUCUUCCUCCUUUUUUUUCUGUUUACAGAUAGGGUCUCACUUUGUUGCCCAGGCUGGAAUGCAGUGUU